UUGUUCCGCAUUCCAUCUUUUAUUUAGGAGUUUCCUACGUGAGUCAUAUAACAACUAAAAUCUACAACCCACCCAUUCAUUCAUUCUCGUUUUUCUUGAUCCUCUACCAGAUUAAUUCCUUGUGUUUUGUCACGUAGUUGCAGCGCAUAAAAUGUCUGGUUAUGUCUGUAACAAUUUGAUGGUUAAUAUCUUUGAAGGACUACCACCCAAAUCCAUCAUCCGAUUCAGAUCACUCUCCAAAUAUUGGCAUUCUCGUCUUCGUAGCCCAGAAUUCAUCCACGAUCACCGCAUUCGAUGUUCUAAAAACCCUCCGAAAGUUCUCAUCAAACACGUGACUUGUUGGGAAUAUACGCGUAAAAUUAUCUGUACAUCACACUCAGCGGACCAAUUGCCGGUACAUCCUGGAUCUGGCUACAUCGGCAUACCUGCAGUCGAGUUCCACAACCAGGGUCGUCUAACCGAAGUUGUUGGUUCGUGUAAUGGAAUUCUUUGUCUGCGCGAUAAAGAAAAUAUUAUUCUAUGGAACUUUUCAAUUAGGCGCAAACUAGUCAUACCACUCCAUCCGUUACUCAAGUCCACUUUAAAACCUUUUGAUGGUGCAUUUGGGUUUGGUUUCGACCCAAUUACUGAUGAUUACAAGAUAGUAGGUGCAUUACUUACAAAGAAAACGUAUAUUUACUGCUUGAAAACAAAGUCUUGGUGUGAGAUCGUUUCCCCAUAUUCUACGUCUUCUUUUGUUAAUCUGCUGGGGAAGGCAUGUUUUAUCAAUGGAAUUUUGCAUUGGGUGAUGAGUACCGCAGACCCGCGUCGUUUUAUAUUGACAUUCAAUGUGAGUAGUCAUGUUUUUGGCCGCAUUUUGUUUCCGGAGCCUUGGCGAGUCAGCGAGUUAACAACCAUAAAUGGUUGUCUUGCACUGGCUUCUUUGGAAAAGGGUUAUUAUCGGAAGAUUCGGGUUAUGGAAGAGUAUGAUAAAACUGAAUCUUGGACUGUGCUUUUUGAGGUGGAAAUAAAGGGGCAAUUUCAUGUGAUCCAACCUACCACCAAUGGUGAUGUACUGGUGGCAUACAAUGUGCAGUCAAAGGUUUAUAAUCUUCGAACAAUGUCGUUCACAAAACUUUUGUUGAAGUUUGGACCUUGCCGUUACAACAUUGAGAUGGAAACGUAUGUGGAAAGCCUUGAAUUGUUAGACAAAGACAACACGGUAACUUGUGGGGAAACCAUAUUCUCUUCGGCGUAAAAAGGUAAUCACAAAAGAAUUUGGUUAUCGCACGUAUCAAUAUCAGAUGAGGAGUGUUCUCCCAUUUUGAAUUAUACCUUUUAGUAUUUUCUACCUGCGAUCCUUAUGUAAUUUGCCCUGGUGAUUGAGAUGAAACAAAUUUUAAUG